CCAGUCUGUGCGUUCAGUCUUUUCAGGAUGGACAGUCUCAGAAGCCAUCCUGAGCUUCAUCUUGUUACUAGGGAGGCUAAUACACACGACUGUGAGGAGCCCCACGCACGUUCUUAGGGGAAAACUGGCACUGUGCAGAAAGGUUUCAGGAAGGCUUUUUCCAAAACGCAACAGUCCCGCGACCCAGCCACUGGCGAGAGACGAAAGACAGACCCGCAGCUCCUCGCCCCGCCUGCCCCGCAGCAGGGCCGGUAGACACUGGCUUCACUAACGACGCAGGUUGGCGCAAGGACCAUGGGCGCCGCGCUGGGCACGGGCGCGCGGCUGGCUCUCCCGCCCCGCAGGGCCUGCGGUGCCCUUCGACACUGGACACCCUCCGCACCCGCCCGAGCCUGCCACUCCAAACCCGGCCCGGUGCGCCCUGUGGCCCUGAAGAAGCGUGGAUACGAUGUCACCAGGAACCCGCAUCUCAACAAGGGGAUGGCCUUUACACUUGAAGAAAGGCUGCAGCUAGGAAUCCAUGGCCUGAUUCCCCCCUGCUUCCUGAGCCAGGACGUCCAGCUCCUCCGGAUCAUGAGAUACUACGAGAAGCAGCAGAGUGACCUGGACAAGUACAUCAUUCUCAUGACGCUCCAAGACCGGAAUGAGAAGUUGUUCUACCGAGUGCUGACGUCUGACGUGGAGAAGUUCAUGCCGAUCGUAUACACACCUACCGUGGGGCUGGCCUGUCAGCACUAUGGCCUGACGUUCCGCCGGCCACGCGGGCUGUUUAUCACCAUUCAUGACAAAGGCCAUCUUGCAACAAUGUUGAACUCUUGGCCAGAAGACAAUAUCAAGGCUGUGGUAGUGACUGAUGGAGAACGCAUACUGGGCUUGGGAGACCUGGGCUGCUACGGCAUGGGCAUCCCUGUGGGCAAGCUGGCCCUGUACACCGCGUGUGGAGGGGUGAACCCACAGCAGUGCCUCCCAGUCCUGCUGGACGUCGGCACCAACAACGAGGAGCUGCUCAGAGACCCUCUUUACAUCGGCCUGAAACACCAGCGUGUGCGUGGGAAGGAGUACGAUGACUUGCUGGAUGAGUUCAUGCAGGCUGUGACAGAUAAGUUUGGAAUAAAUUGCCUCAUUCAAUUUGAAGACUUUGCCAAUGCCAAUGCCUUCCGCCUGCUCAACAAAUACCGCAACAAGUACUGCAUGUUCAACGAUGACAUCCAAGGCACAGCCUCUGUGGCUGUGGCAGGGAUCCUGGCUGCUCUGAGAAUCACCAAGAACAAGCUCUCCAAUCAUGUGUUUGUUUUCCAAGGUGCAGGUGAGGCAGCUAUGGGCAUCGCCCACCUUCUUGUCAUGGCCCUGGAGAAAGAAGGUGUACCCAAGGCAGAGGCCACAAGGAAGAUCUGGAUGGUGGACUCCAAGGGACUGAUUGUCAAGGGGAGAAGCCACCUGAACCAUGAAAAAGAAAUGUUUGCCCAAGACCAUCCUGAAGUGAACUCCCUGGAGGAGGUGGUGAGGCUGGUGAAGCCCACAGCCAUCAUAGGUGUUGCUGCCAUCGCAGGAGCCUUCACGGAGCAGAUUCUGAGGGACAUGGCCUCCUUCCACGAGCGCCCUAUCAUCUUUGCCCUGAGCAAUCCCACCAGCAAGGCCGAGUGCACAGCUGAGAAGUGCUACCGGGUCACCGAGGGCCGAGGGAUCUUUGCCAGUGGAAGUCCUUUUAAGAGUGUGACUCUGGAAGAUGGAAAGACAUUCAUUCCUGGACAGGGAAAUAAUGCCUAUGUGUUCCCUGGAGUGGCACUGGGAGUCAUUGCUGGCGGGAUCCGGCACAUCCCAGAUGAGAUCUUCCUCCUAACAGCAGAGCAUAUUGCCCAGGAGGUCUCUGAGCAUCACCUAUCCCAAGGGAGACUGUACCCACCACUCAGCACCAUCAGAGAUGUAUCUCUGAGAAUCGCCAUCAAAGUCCUCGACUAUGCCUACAAACACAACCUGGCUUCCUGCUACCCAGAGCCUGAGAACAAGGAGGCUUUCAUAAGAUCCCUCGUCUACACUCCAGACUAUGACUCAUUUACACUGGACAGCUACAGUUGGCCCAAGGAAGCCAUGAAUUUUCAGACAGUCUGAUGAGUCUCAAGGGCUGGUAUGAGGCUGGAUGAAGCCCAGAGUAACACCCACAAUAUAAAUAGGUUCCAAAAUGGUCAUCCUUGUCUGUGUGUGUGUGUGUGUGUGUGUGUGUGUGUGUGUGUGUGUGUAUUUUUCCUUUGAGUAUUAUGAUGUAAGGGGAGAUGCUGAGGCAUACAAUGAAUGACAGCCUUGUGCCUAAAGGUCCUGGAAGUUCACUUUCCUAUGACCCUUUUCAGAAUUCUUUCCCAAGCAUUUCUUCAUCCACUAAUUGCCAACUAUUGUCUAGGUCUGGUGGGAAAUACCGAAUCCUGCCUAGAAUCCCAUGUUUAUAGAGCUCAGGACCUAGUAGAGGAGAUUGAACACAAAUCAUGAAAAAUGUGCAGGUAGAAGUCAAGGGUGCUAACAGAAGGGAGAAAAUACUUCCUAUGAGCACAUAGGCUCAGGGAGAUGGGAGCAGUUUUUUGCACUGAGUCCCAACAGUGAAGGAUGGGUGGGAGUCAUGGUGAGAUGAGGAAUAUAAGCAUAGUCACUAGCCAGAAAAUGUGGCCCACCCAUUAGUCCCUGCCAGAGGGACUGAACACUGCCCUCAAGAGUCAGCAGGGUAUGAGGGCUGAGUAACUGGAGGUAGUUCAGAAGCUAGUUAGGAAUGCUCACUGCCCAAUAGACUGUUGGGUAAUAAACAUUCUUUUUAGGUUAUUACUAAAAGAAAAACCAGAGAAAUGUGGGUGUGGAGGGUCAGCAUGCCAGUGAGUGAGGAGGAAGAGAGGCAAUGAGGUGAGAGUGCAAUGGGAAGUUCUAAGGAACUUUAUUUUACUGGCUCUGGAAUGCACUCUCUCUUCCAUCCUUUACACUCUGAAAUAAUUGAGCAAUCAGUAACAGCUUUCCUGUAGAGGUGAUGUCAGACUGUCCUAGGUAUUUUCUGUUUUGUUUUUUUGUUUUUUGUUUUUGGUUUUGGUUUUGGUUUUGGUUUUUUUGUUUGUUUGUUUGUUUGUUUUGCAGAUACUAGGGAUUGAAUUCAGGGGCACUGGACCACUGAGCCACAUCCCCAGCCCUAUUUUGUAUUUUAUUUAUUUUUUAAAAUGUGUUUGUUCUAAUUUGUUGUCCUAGGUAUUUCUUAGACCAAGUUCAGCACUAACCACUUCCCUCAUGUCCAGCAAAGCCCACACCAUGAGAAGUAAGGAUGAGAUAGAGGUUGCAGCCCCUGCUAAGAUCUAUGGGGAUAGCAGCUUCCAAUCUCUAAUUUCUUUGUAUAAAUCACCUUUAGGAACCUGCCCCUACUACCACCUCAGCCUUAAGUUCCCCACUUCCCACAAGAAGUAAGUCCUACAUGUCCACUUCUCAGUGACAAGCAAGGUGGACUAUUACACUUCUAGAAGAAUAAUUAGCAAAGCUAUCAAUCACCUCUUUCUCAAAUUUUAUUCUGUUUAACAUCUGCAUCCUUGGUUCCAGUGUUCAGCCAAGAAAAUCCCAAGAAAUUAUCCCUCCUCUUAUUCCUGAGCUCACACAGAAUGAGAAACUAUUCAGAAGAGGGUUUAAAGAAUGAAACCAAAAUCUGAACUUCAGAGAACUAUUUACACUAUCUUUUUUGCCAUCAUGUCCCAAACACCCAAUUUCUGUUUUGCAGAAAUUGACAAGAUGAUCCUAAAAUAUAUAUGGAAAUGCAAAGAACCAAGAAUAGCCACAUUUUAAAAAGAAAAAGAACAAAGUAUACACUAUUUACUUUCAAAACUUACACAAUUGUACAAUGAUCAAGACUGUGUGGACAUUUAAUGAAAAAAAACUGAUAGUUUGAAAAUAGUCCUUAAAAUUAUGGUAAAUUGAUUUUUUCAUCAAAGCUACUGAGAUAAUUUGAUAGGAAAAGGAGAGACCUUUGAAAAAAUGAUGCUGAAGCAACUGUAUAUCCACAUGAAAAUAGGAAAGAAAAACUUUUGACACCUCAUACCACACACAAAAAUUAACUUGAAAUGGAUAGUAAACUAAAUGUAAAAGCUGAAACUAUAAAUUUCUUGAAGUAAAUAAAGUAGAAGAUCCUUGGGACUUGAGUUGAGGAGAGUUGUUAGAUGUUAUUUUAAAAGCAUGAUUCAUAAAAUGAAAAGUGAUAUAUGUCAUCAAAAUUUAAAAUUUCUGCACUUUGAAGCAUAGAAUUAAGAAAAAACAUCAGAGUAGGAGAAAAUAUUUCCAAUUCAUUUAUCUAAUAUAGGCAUUAGAUACAUAAUUUAUAAAGAACACUUACAACUCAAUGAUAAUCCAGUUUUUUAAAAUGGGCAAAAUAUGUGUGUAUGGAUAACAAGCACAUGAAAAGAUCAUUACUCAAAUGAAAACUAAAACCAAAAUGGAAUACCAUUCCACAGUCACCACAAUGGUUAUCAUUAAAAAAAUAAUAAUGUAUUGAGGUUGUGGAGAAAUUGGAAUUUUUUCCAGUGUUCUCUCUUAAGCACUACGAAAUUAAGGAAAUUUUCAUUCUAGCUCCUCAGCUUCUGAUACAUAGCCCCAGAAUUCAACAAAUGUUAUGUAAUAUAAUGGGUGCUGUGGUGGCACCACUCAGGUUUGAAAUUCUCAUAACCCCACUUAAUUACUAGCUGAGAGCUCAUAGCUGCAACCCUCUCUGGGAAUUGCUCUUACUUAGCUAAAGGAAGAUGCUUCACCCAAGGUUCCCAGUUGUGGCCUGCAUCCAAUGAUGGGCUGAUUCUAAAUUCAAAGGACCUCAGUGGCAGAUGUCUCUAAGUAGCCAUCCCAUUUGCAGAGCUCCCCAUGAAAGGGAAUGAACUGUAACUAUGUAUCAACCAUUCAACUUCCUAAACCCAUUCUGCUUCUUUCAAUCCCUUCACAGGUGUUAUCUCUGAAAAGACUCCCCAAUAAAUCUCUGAAUGCAAAUCUCA